AUGGCCACGGGGCUCCUGAGAGCCAAAAAAGAGGCUUUUGUGGUGUUCAGGGAUGUGGCUGUGGACUUCUCCCAAGAGGAGUGGAGGUUGUUAAGCCCUGCUCAGAAGAUCCUACACAGGGAAGUGAUGUUGGAGAAUUAUAGCCACCUGAUAUCAUUAGAAAUUGCAUUUUCCAAACAAAAACUCAUUACUCAGCUAGAGCAAGGGGAAGAGCCCUGGAGAGAGGUGAGAAAACAUCUGCCGGACCUCUGUCCAGGAUCAAAGUUAGAAAUUCAACCUUGUCCUUCCUGCCCUCUGGUACUCUCCAGUCAGCAAGUCCUUAGCCAACAUGUGUGAUAUUUGAGCUGUCAUCUGCCUCAGCUCUUUUCAAGUUUAUAUGCAGGAAAUCAUCUCCACCCAGGGAAUCAGUACCCAGAAUAUCAGAAAAAAACACAGGAACAACCCUUUAAUCAAUCCUGCUUGACUGACAAAACAAAAAUUCAAGAGAGAGAACAAGACUCCAAGCCAUUGUUUGGGGGCACAAGUAAAAAUGACAUAUCAAAGUCCCUUACAAACCCAAGUGAAGAACAUCCAGUAAAGUCCAAGGAAGGCAACACAAUGGUGGAUAUAAGGCCCAGCCUGGAACAGAAGGCCGACCUUGAGGAAAGGGACAAAGUAUUGCAUGGUUUGGAAGUCUCAGGAUUUGAAGCAAUCAAAUUUGAAGAGUUUGGGCCAGACUUUAUCAAGGAGUCAAACCUACUUAGCCUCCAGAAGACACCCACAGGGGAGAUGCCGUACGUGUACACAGAGUGGGGACCAAGCUUCAGCAGUAUGUCUGUCCUUAUCGAAAACCCAAGGACACACCCUGGAGAAAAGCCUUAUGUGUGCAGGGAAUGUGGGAGAGGAUUUACCUAAUCAAACCUCAUCACACACCAGAGAACACACUCAGGAGAGAAACCUUAUGUGUGUAAGGAUUGUGGACGAGGCUUUACUUGGAAAUCAAACCUCUUCACACAUCAGUGAACACACUCAGGAGUCAAGCCUUUCAUGUGCAAGGAAUGUGGGCAGAGCUUUACCCUAAAAUCAAACCUAGUCACACAUCAGAGGGCACACACUGGGGAGAAGCCUUAUGUUUGCAAGGAAUGUGGGCAUGGCUUUUGCCAGCAUUCCCACCUCAUCAGACAUAAAAGGACACAUUCAGGAGAAAAGCCUUAUGUUUGCAGAGAGUGUGAACAAAGUUUUAGUCAGAAGUCCCACCUCCUCAGACACUUAAGGACACAUACAGGAGAGAAACCUUACAUAUGCGCAGAAUGUGGGCGUCACUUUAGCUGGAAAUCAAACCUCAAGACACACCAGAGGACUCACUCAGGAGUUAGACCUUAUGUGUGCUUAGAGUGUGGGCAAUGCUUUAGCCUGAAGUCAAACCUCAACAAACACCAGAGAUCACACACAGGGGAGAAGCCUUUUAUAUGCACAGAGUGUGGGUGAGGCUUUACCAGGAAGUCAACCCUCAUUAUACACCAGAGGACACACUCUGGGGAGAAGCCAUUUGUAUGCAGGGAGUGUGGGUGAGGCUUUAAUGAUAAGUCAACCUUGAUUUCACAUCAGAGGACACACUCAGGGGAAAAGCCUUUCAUGUGCAGAGAUUGUAGCAGAAGGUUUAGGCAGAAGCCAAACCUAUUUAGGCAUAAGAGGACACACUCGGGUUCCUUUGUUUGCAGGGAAUGUGGGCACGGCUUUUGUGAUAAGUUAACUCUCAUUAAACACCAGAGGGCACACUUAGGGGGGAAGCCCCACGUGUGCAGGGAGUGCGGGCAGGGCUUUAGCUGGCAGUCACACCUCAUUAGAUACCAGAGGAGCCAUUCAGGAGAGAAACCUUAUGUUUGCAGGAAAUGUGGGGUGUUUUAG